AUGUUGCUCAUUCCGAAAAGGAAGUUGCAACUUGAAUUGCAAAUGUUCAAUGUUAACACAAAUGGGAUAACAAGUCUUCUACUUGAUAAAUCAAACCAUGAGGCACUCGUCAAUGAAAGGAUUAGCAAGGGCCACAUGUACGUGGUCUCCAGCACUAUAUAUAUUGGCCUAUUAGGGGACAUAAAAUCCCACCAUCUACAUGCUCUAGUCAUAUUUUCUUCCUCUGAGUCAUCCCCAGCCAUGACUAGGAAGAAAGUGACCCUUGCAUAUAUUCCAAAUGAUUCUGAAAGGAAAGCCUCCUUCAAGAAAAGGAAGAAAGGUAUGAUGAAGAAGGUGAACGAGCUUAGCACCCUAUGUGGAGUUGAUGCAUGUGCAAUCGUCCUAAGUCCGUACAGCCAUGAUCCCGAGGUUUGGCCUUCACCUCUGGGGGUUCAACGUGUGAUUGCAAAGUUCAAAAACUUACCUGACUGGGAUCAAGGCAGGAAAAUGGCAAACCAGGAAAGUUUCACCAAAGAAAGGAUCAGGAAAACAGAGGAAAAACUGAGGAAACAACACAAGGAGAAUCAGCACAAGGAAAUGACGAAUGUAAUGUUCCAGUGCCUGGCUGGGGAAUGGUCUCGUAGUUUCAGCUUUUACGGUUUGAAUGAAAUGGGAUGGUUUGUCGACCAGAACAUAAGGGAAAUUGCAAGGAGGAUCAAUUCACUUAAGGAGGAAAUUCUUCCUCAUCAAGGCAUGACAAUGAGGCAUGGAAUGAGCAGUGCAGAGAUUGUUGCAGACACACAGAUUGCUUCAGAGAUGCCCAUGAAUGCAAUGCAAAAUUACCAAUGGAACAUGCAACCUACUGUCAGUCCAUAUGGCUUAGGCUGGGACCCGACCAUUCCAUCAUAUGGUUACAACAGUAACAGUAUCGGGCCUAACUUUACGUACCCCUAA